AUGGAAACUUUCUUAGGAGACCUCAUUUAUCCUACCGUGGUUAAAACAAAAUUAAUUCCGACAGGAGGCUGUCCAACAAAUUCUUUACAAGUAGGACCAACAACAACGAAGGUUUCCAAAAUUAUUACAACAACGAAGGUUUCCAAAAUUAUUACAACACCAAAGAGCUCUUAUCGAAGCACUGCCCACAGGAACAUUUCAACCAAAGAGGACGAUUUGAUAAACAAUCCCACUUCGGCUGGCCCAGAUUUCCAAACUCGAAAAAACCUUAAUCGAGUUUCUCUCACCUCGUCGUUCUAUACAACAACUGCUUCAGCAAAUAUACCCAUUGAAACCAUUUCUAAUGGUGUUACUAUUGAUCUUACUGUUUUAAAAGCUAAAGCAUCGUCAAUUAUUCCGACCAAAAACAUUGUAGAGAACCCUUUUGAUUCAAAAUCACCAUACAGAAUCCCCGCCAUAUUAGGCAUGACCCUUACAUUGCUAGUAGCAUUGUCUGCACUGUUAUUUUUAUUGAGAAAAACAAUUUUUGUCAAAAGAAUAUGUAGUAAACCAUCAAGCGUAAACUCAUCACCUCCUAGUAUUAAUAGUGAUCGCGAUUCUGCGGAAGUUUCAAGAAAUUCUACUUUGGUUGAAACACCCGAUGAUAUCGUGUUUCCAAAGAAUCCUUUGUCAACAAUCUCCAUUCCAUCUGUCGAUAUAGAUUUAAAAGAUAACAAUCUGAUUUUUUAUGAAACGAAUCCAAAUAUAAGUCCAACAUCUCCACAAAAAGUUGAGAAUUUAUGCUGA